AUGUUCGUCGGGUUACAAGGUGCUGGUAAGACCACAACGUGUACAAAGUAUGCUUAUUAUCAUCAGAAGAAAGGGUACAAACCAGCUCUAGUGUGUGCGGAUACUUUCAGGGCUGGUGCUUUUGAUCAGCUGAAACAGAAUGCCACCAAGGCUAGGAUCUCUUUCUAUGGAAGGUAUGAAAAUUUAUAUGUCCUAAUACUGGGUUGUGAUCCAGUGAAAACUGCUGUUGAGGGAGUGGAUACGUUUAAGAAAGAAAACUGUGAUCUUAUUAUAGUUGACACCAGUGGAUGCCAUAAACAAGAAGCUACUCACUUUGAAGAAAUGCGUCAAGUUGCUGAAGCAAAGAAACCAGAUCUUGUUAUAUUUGUCAUGGACAACUGUAUUGGUCAAGCUGCGUUUGAUCAAGAUCAAGCAUUUAAGCAAAGUGUUGUUGUGGGAGCUGUAAUUAUCACUAAGAUGGAUGGCCAUGCCAAGGGUGGUGGUGCUCUUAGCGCUGUUGCAGCUACAAAAAGCCCUGUGAUAUUCAUUGGAACAGGAGAACAUGUGGAUCAGUUUGAAGUCUUUGAUUUGUCAGACGUCUCUUAG